GGUUGCCUCUGUUCUGCUUUGUUGUGGGUUGAGUUGUUGAUUCAUUCAUUCAUGGACUCAUCAGGAGGUGAUGAUGAUGAUCAGCAGCAGCAAUCGCCGCAGCUGCUGUCGUCGGGAGGAGCAGAGGAGAAAAUUAUGAUGAUGAAUGAGGGAAGUCCAACUUCAACUCCUAUUAGUGCUCCUCCUCCUCCUCCCAAAGCUGAAACUCCCAAUUUUAUUGGGAAGCAUCGCAUGGCUGCCGCACUAGCCCACCUUCAACACCAAAUCCAAAUCAUUCAGGAAGAGCUGGAGGAGCUUGAAACAUGUGGUGAAUCAUCUCUUGUUUGCAAAGAACUCGUAUCAACAGUGGAAUCCCUCCCCGAUGCUCUGCUUUCUGUGACCAAAGGUCCGGCAGUUGUUGGUUGGGACAGGUGGUUCCAUGGCGCCCAUGGCUCUCGUGGUCGCAAACGAUGGAUCUAAGCCCAAGCCCCCCCUUUUAAUUCUAUUCAAUUCAAACCGUGAGGGGGAGGAACUGACUGAAACAAGCUACAUGUAUGUGAGAGUGGUUGUUGAGAACAAUGUGUACCGGAGUGCUUAGUUGCCGAUAACACUUUCGUAAAAAUAACUAACGAAUAUGUGCCUCAACAUGUUAUUUGGGAUUGUGUUUGUUUGUUUUUUUUGUAGGGUAUUAUUGAAAAAAUAAUACUAUAUGCAUCAAUUAAGAUAUCAAUUAGUGUACUAAUCGAUAAUAUGACAUAAUUUAAUAAGUCUUUGGUA